CGCGCGCGAGUGCGAUCACGGGACGCGAGUCGUGCGCGCGCACAUUCAGCCCGGGGAUUCAGCCCCUUCAGUGUGGAAGGGGUCACACUGAAGUAUCUGAGGAGAGCGCCAGCACUCGGCCUCCCAAGAAACACGCCCCACUUGUUCCCCGCCUCCUCUCAAAAAAAAAAAAAAUGCCCCGGAAGAGCUUCCGCCCUCAGUAAAGAUGGCGAUAACACGUCCUAUGAGGAGGCGGGGCUGCGUCUGCGCAACAAGCUAAGCCGGGAAGAUGGCGGAUGACAAGGAUUCUCUUCCCAAGCUUAAGGACCUGACAUUCCUCAAGAACCAACUGGAAAGCCUACAGCGCCGUGUGGAAAGUGAGGUCGGCAGCGGCGUAACUCAGGAUGGCUCCCUCUUGUCCUCCCCAUUCCUCAAGGGAUUCCUGGCUGGCUAUGUGGUGGCCAAACUGAGGGCAUCUGCAGUAUUGGGCUUUGCUGUGGGUACCUGCACUGGCAUCUACGCAGCUCAGGCAUAUGCUGUGCCCAACGUGGAGAAGACACUGAGGGACUAUUUUCGGUCACUGCGCAAGGGGCCAGACUAGGUUGGGAUUCCAUGGGGGAGGCGGCAGCCUUUCCAUUACAGACACUUGGUUUAG